AUGUACUCCAUGGGAGAGCGUCCGUUCGAGGAUAUCGAGCCUUUGAACCUCAUUCCUCACUUGGAGGCAGGCAAUCGACCAAAAAGGCCAUUGCUGGCAAGUGACAAAGUCGCAGAGGUCAUGACGAGGUGCUGGGACAAAGUUCCUGGUAAGCGGCCGUCUUUCGAGGAACUCUUGUACAUAUUCACAACAUUGCUGGAACAGUCCACCGAAGGAUACGGCUACUUGGCACUCAUAAAGACCGCUGAGACCUACAUGCACGUUGCAGGAGCUGUCGUACAAGCAAGAGAGAAGCAGAACCGAUUAUGCGGAGCGUAUAGCCGGAAGCGAUCUGCCUGUGUCUAG